UUAAAUAAUCUCAACAACCAUCCAUCCUACCAUAUGUUAUUAAAAAAACAUUUUUUUCAUCUGUAUAAAAAACCAAAAAGGUUUUGCAAAACACAUACCUUCCAUUUUCAAAAUUAUUAUGACGUUAUAAUAGUCGGUGGAGGACAUGCUGGAUGCGAGGCGGCCAGUGCUACAGCUAGGAUGGGAUCCAAAACUUUACUAAUAACCCAAAAAAUUAAAACAAUAGGAGAAAUGUCCUGUAACCCUUCGUUUGGGGGUAUUGGUAAAGGUCAAUUAAUGAGAGAAAUUGAUGCUUUAGGUGGACUUUGUUCUCAUAUAUGUGAUAAAUCAGGUGUUCAAUAUAAAGUUCUCAAUACAAAUAAAGGUCCAGCAGUUUGGGGUCUCAGAGCACAAAUAGAUAGAAAACUUUAUAAAAUGCAUAUGCAAAAUGAGUUAUUUAAUAAAACUCCCAAUAUAAGCAUUUUAGAAGAAAGUGUUGAAGAUUUAUUGAUCAAUGAAAAUGAAACUGAAAAGAUAUGUGAAGGUGUAAUAUUAUCAAAUCAUCAAAUUAUAAAUAGUAAAGCUGUUAUAAUUACUACAGGAACAUUUUUAGGUGGUCAAAUAAACAUAGGCUUGACCACAUUUCCGGCUGGGAGAUUAAAUAGCAGUGACCGGCACAAUACCGAAAUACACAAUCCUGAAAAUAUUGAAUCAGCCAGCGAAUUGAGACGCACGUUUAAAAGGCUCGGGUUUAAACUGGGAAGGCUCAAGACAGGCACUCCACCCAGACUUUUAAAGUCAUCUAUCAAUUAUGAUCACCCAUCACUUCAAAGUAAUAUGGGUGACAAUAUUCCUCAUCCCUUUUCUUUCAUGAACUCCGACGUGUGGAUUAAGCCAGAAAAUCAACUUUUAUGUCACCUAACGUCGACGAACGCAAAAGUUCACGAAAUUAUAAUGCAAAACAUGCAUUUAAAUAGACACGUGAGAGAAGAAACCAAAGGGCCUAGAUAUUGCCCAUCAAUAGAAUCUAAAAUUUUGCGUUUUAAUUCGGCUUCUCACCCUAUUUGGCUGGAACCAGAGGGUUUUGAUAGUCCGCUUAUAUAUCCACAAGGCAUGUCUUGCACGCUCCCAGAAGAUGUCCAAGUUCGCGUUUUCCAACAAAUCCCUGGUUUGGAGAAGGUUAUCUUUGCCAAGCCGGGUUACGGGGUAGAAUACGAUUAUAUAGAUCCGAUAGGUCAAUUAGAUCUUAACUUGCAAACUCGGCUUGUUAAAUCUCUCUUUUUGGCGGGACAGAUCAAUGGGACAACUGGUUACGAGGAAGCGGCAUCCCAGGGUAUUAUGGCAGGUAUCAACGCUUCUAUUCAUUGUAAACUACUUCAAUCCAAAUCUCCCACAGAUGACGUCACACAUCAUGAAAAUGUCGAUAAAUUAGACUAUUGGAGUAUGGCAAGAACAGAUGGCUAUAUAGGAGUUUUGAUAAAUGAUUUGGUGACACUAGGAGCCCCUGAGCCAUACAGAAUGUUUACCACGAGAGUUGAAUAUAGGAUGUUACUCAGACCGGAUAAUGCCGAUGCGCGAUUAACAGCCAAAGGGUAUCAUUUGGGCUGCGUUAGUCAAGAUCGGAUGAAACGAUUCCAAUUCAUUCAAUCAGAAUUAGAAGAAGCUAAACAACGCUUAAAAUCUGACAUAAUAUCUCCUCAGGAUGCUAAUUCUUUUUUAGCUUCCAUUUCAAAUGAAGACUAUGGGAAAAUGCGUAAACCUAGAAGUUUUUUUGACUUGCUAUCAGCUCGAGAGGUUACAUUGCAAAAUUUGUCAAGAUAUUUUCCCGAGAAAGGCUAUCAAAAGUUUAUUCGAGAACCACUAAACAUUAACACCGUUGCAGUGAGAUGCAAAAUAGAAGCUACCUACGACCGAUUUUUGAAAGAAGAACACGAGGAUAUAAUGGCCUUGAAACGAGACGAAAAUAUUAUUUUCUCUCCGAACAUAGAUUAUGAAGAUCCUUACUUAAGCCUAUCCAACGAAAUAAAGGAAAAGCUCAAUCUUUAUAAACCUUCGAAUAUAGCUGCCGCAAACAAGAUACCUGGUAUGACACCCGAUGCAUUACUCAGAUUAUUACGUUUCACUAAAAGGAAUUAAAAUAAAUAAUAUUUUUUAAUAUAAUUUGUAGAAUCGGUUUGUAGCAAAUAUUUUCGGCAUUUUUUAAAUCAAAGAAUAAACUUGUUAAUACUUGUUUUUGCGAUCGAAUAUCUUUUCAAUAGUUUAUAAACAAAUCUGUCCUCCCUUAAUUAGGUAAGCGAAUUAUAAAUAUUAAAUUGUCAGAUAACAUAAUGCAUAUUUUAUUUGUAAUAUUUUUUCGAUAUAUAAUAUUAUAUUUUUUUAUAAGACUG